GGUGCCUACACGUAAGAUAAAGAAUGCCUCCGCUUGGCUGAAUUUUUCAAAAUGUGGUUAAUGUCAUGCACUUGCUUUUUUUUUUUCCUUGAAGCAGAGCCCAUUGGUGUUUUGGGCUGAUUAGGGGUUAAACGCUACAUCUUAGCUCAAGAGGAAUUAGCCCAAGCGGCGGAGCUGGCUGGCUGGCUUCUACAGUAGAAAGGCUGGGGCAGACCGGAGUGUAGGAGCUAAGGUCUCCCCUGUGACAGGAGCUGCCACGGGUGGUGGAAGACGCUUCAGCAGUCAUGGAUUCAUCUGACGUCCAAAGGAAAAAAAUCGCUGUCAUCGGGGGUGGCUUGGUUGGAUCGUUAAAUGCAUGCUUCCUUGCAAAGAGGAAUUUCCAAGUUGAUGUAUAUGAAGCUAGAGAAGAUAUCCGAGUGGCCAAAGCUGCAUGUGGAAGAAGCAUUAACUUGGCCCUUUCUUAUAGAGGACGAGAAGCCUUGAAAGCCAUUGGCCUAGAAGAUCAGGUUGUAGCUCAAGGGGUUCCAAUGAGAGCAAGAAUGAUUCACUCUCUCUCAGGAAGAAAGUCUGCAAUUCCCUACGGGAUGAAAUCCCAGUAUAUUCUUUCCAUAAGCAGAGAAAAUCUGAACAAGGAUCUAUUAACUGCUGCUGAGAAAUAUCCCAACACAAAGGUGUACUUUGGCCACAGGCUGUUGAAAUGUAAUCCUGAGAAGGGAACGAUCACAGUGCUUGGAUCUGACAAAGUUCCCAAAGAUGUCACUUGUGACCUCAUUAUAGGAUGUGAUGGUGCCUAUUCAACGGUCAGAGCUCAUCUCAUGAAGAAACCUCGCUUUGAUUACAGUCAACAGUACAUUCCUCAUGGGUACAUGGAGUUGACCAUUCCAUCUAAGGAUGGAGAUUAUGCCAUGGAACCUAAUUAUCUGCACAUUUGGCCUAGAAACACCUUCAUGAUGAUCGCCCUUCCUAACAAGGACAAAUCUUUCACAUGUACUUUGUUCAUGCCCUUUGAAGAGUUUGAAAAACUUCAAACUAGUCAAGACGUGCUGGAUUUCUUUUACAAGCGCUUCCCAGAUGCCGUUCCUCUAAUUGGAGAGCAAAACCUGACGCGAGAUUUCUUUCUGUUGCCUGCCCAGCCCAUGAUCUCUGUGAAGUGCUCACCUUUUCACUUCAAGUUGUGCUGUGUGCUGAUGGGAGAUGCGGCUCACGCCAUUGUGCCCUUCUUUGGGCAAGGAAUGAAUGCGGGCUUUGAAGACUGCUUGGUAUUUGACGAGUUAUUAGAUAAAUUCAAUGAUGACCUGAGUAUAUGUCUUCCUGAAUUCUCAAGACUUAGAAUUCCAGAUGACCACGCAAUUUUGGACCUAUCCAUGUACAAUUACAUAGAGAUGCGAGCACACGUCAACUCAAGAUGGUUCAUCUUCCAGAAGAAUGUGGAGAGAUUUCUUCAUGCUAUCAUGCCCUCCACCUUUAUUCCCCUCUACACCAUGGUCACAUUUUCCAGAAUGAGGUACCAUGAAGCGCUGCUGCGCUGGCAUUGGCAAAAAAAGGCAAGUGAAGAAAUGAAGCCACUCACAUGGAAUGUUUGCCUUCCAAAUGCCAUGGGUACACAGGAGGAAGCACGCUCAACAAAAGAGGCAAAGGAAGUGGGUGAUAAACAAAGGAUUCCAUUUCUUUGGAGCACUGAUAGCCAUUGGUACUACCUACCUGCUUAUGAGCUUCAUGUCACCGAGACUCCAGAACUACUUGAGAAGACCAUGGGGCUUGGUCACUAACUUCCAGAAUAUAGGACAUGUUUCCCUGCCAACUCCAUGGAGUCACUAGAACCAAUCUUCAAGGUCACUAGCAGGUGAUACAGGUGCUGAAGUAGCAAAUAUACUUGAUUUCCCUCUAAUCAAAUCGAAGGAUCAAAACCCAUGUCUCCCUUCACCAUAUUUAAUUCACUAAUGGAAGACAUCUGUCAUCUUAGCAUUAAAUUCAGUAUAGAAUUACUGUAUGUGUUCACUGAAACUAUAUAUUUUUUGAAGCCAUCACUUGAAGGUGCAACAAGCAGCUUCCCACAACACCGUGCUUAUGUCUAAAUAUAAAAGUGCCAUGACUCAUGCUACUUUCACUGCUCAAAAAGCGAGGCCCUGGAGACGUCGAGGAGGACAGGGAUUGCACAUUUUCUUUAAUGGAGAUAACAGAGAUCAUGACAGGAUUGGACUCAAUCCCUGGAUCUAAAUAUUCCAAUGUGCCUAACAGUGUGAAUAACACUUUUGAGCACCUGGAUGAAACUUAUGUAAGCACAGGGCUCAAGUUCACUUCAUGAAGCUAGACAUGUAAAUACAAAAUUGGGGGGCUUUCUGGAGAGUUCACAAUGAAUGGAUAUUAUUUCCCAGUCUUCAAAGGCCAGUGGUACCUUCUGAAGACUAGAAAAGUCUAGGAAUGCCAUGCUAAGUGAAGGAUAGAAAGGGUUGUAUUUAUGAAGGAAAUACCUACAUAGACAAAAGAACAGAAAGAAAACAAAGGGAGAUGGUAUUUUUAUAAACAGGAAGGCAUAUUUUAUUUCAUUUCAGACUUUUGGAAGCAAAUUACUAACUUCUUUAUGAACUACAUGCUGUGGCACAACCAGAUAUAAAAUGAUUUUGUUCAGUGAAAACUGUGUUCUUUGUUUCUUCUUCCUUCUUCAAAAGUCCAAGUAAAUCAUUUAGGAAUCUUUCAAAGAUGAUGGACUAUGAAAAUGCAACAUUAGUAGGACAGUCAUCUAAGAAAUAAAUAUGAGGCAAUAAAAUAAAUACAACCAUUUCUCACUGUUUCCCCUGUAUAGUGUCAAAGAAGUCCUUCAGUUCUAAUAAUCCAUGUUCAGGCUAAAUGAAGACUCAUGGAAAAAUGGCCUGUAUACUAUUAGUU